AUGGGUAUUUCCAGGGACUCCCGCCACAAGCGCUCCGCGACCGGAGCAAAGCGCUCAACUUACCGCAAGAAGCGUGCCUUCGAACUCGGCCGCCAAUCCGCCAACACUCGUAUCGGAACUAAGCGUGAGUCUACCUGACUUUCCGCGUAACCCCUUCUUCGGAAGGAGACCCCCACUCUUUUUAGAGCGGGUGGCUUUAUUAUUCGACCGGUUUUCCAACAGAGCGAAUAGAAGACUGAUCAUGAUCGAAAAUUGUUAGGAAUUCACCUCGUCCGUACCCGUGGUGGGAAUCGCAAGUUCCGUGCCAUCCGUUUGGAGGCUGGAAACUUCUCCUGGGGCUCCGAAGGUAUUAGCAAGAAGACUCGUGUUAUUGGUGUCGUUUUCCAUCCUUCCAACAACGAGUUGGUUCGUACCAACACCCUGACCAAGUCGGCUAUUGUUCAGAUUGAUGCUGCACCUUUCAGACAAUGGCAAUUACCCCCUAAUUUGCGGAUCGCGCUAUAAGAUGAUACUAAUGCAUGUUGCAGGUACGAGGCACAUUACGGUCUUCCUCUAGGAAAGAAGCGUGGCGGGGCCGCUAAAACUGAUUCAGCAAAGGCUGAAGAGACCGCCCCUGCUACAAAGUCCAAGUCAGUCCAGCGCAAACUCGCCGCUCGCGCUUCGACUGCCAAGGUCGAGAGUACCCUCGAGACCCAAUUCGCCGCUGGUCGUCUGUACGCCGCUAUUUCUUCCCGCCCCGGUCAGUCCGGUCGUGCCGAUGGGUACAUUCUCGAGGGAGAAGAGCUCGCCUUCUACCAGAGGCAGUUAAGAAAGUAGAUAAUAUUCUUCUUGUAUUCGGGUUGGGAACAGUUUCAUUCAUACUGGGAUUGGAAAUUAAAAAAGUAUCCCCAUCAUUGGGCAACGGAGUUGUCCGUUUUCUUCUAUCAUUGCUCGAGAUCUUAAAAGGGUGAAUCAGUGAUCACGACUUUCUCUCAAAACGUGGGAACUAUUGUGGACCAAGGUCGACAAGCUUGAGCGAUAUAUUGUAAUGUAUUGAAAGUUCCAUAGUACCUCCAAGGAUAAUACCC